AGCACUGGUGGAAGACCAUUAUGUAAAGAGUCUUCAAAAAUUGUCCAAGAAGAUACCUUUGACGGAAAGAUCAGCAUUAGGCAAUUUUACGUCUGUCUGGGAUGCCUUCAUAGUGAACUCAAUGAAAUAGCCAGCAUUCAUUCAACGUUUAUGAAAAAAAUUAAUGAAGAGGUUGAGGCACCCAUACGAGACAUAAGUACAUCCGAGGAUUGGGUGAAAGUGAAAGAA